AGUGUUGCCGUUGACGUCGCUUGCCAUUUUACCAGUUAAGAUCUGCGUUUUGUAUCUAUCGCAAAACAGUCGAAAUUGUCUGCUCGUUGGCUGCACAUCGCGCUCGCUGCUAGCCUCUCCAAACGUACACGUAGUGCCAAAGGACACUACACUUGAAGGAUAACCACCUACACACACACACAUAAACGUUCAAUAUGGCUAAAAUUAUUAUCAGUGCUUUUUUGUGUCUGGCCAUGUUUGGCUCGUUGGCCCUUGGCUCGCCCGAGUGUCCCUCGCCCAACGGACGCUUCGCAUCCGGUGACCAGUGCGAUGCCUACACGGAGUGCCAGGACGGUGUGCCUGUGGAGAAACUCUGCCCGGACGGACUGCUCUUCCACCAGCGCACCAAGUCGACGGGCGAAUGCACCUAUGCGCCCUACUCCACCUGCAAGGAGCGCACUCGUCUGCAGCCUGCGAACGGCACAGAGGAGUGCCCACGUCAGUUCGGCUUCUAUCCGAAUGGGGAUGAGACCAAGUGCGGUGUCUAUCGCAACUGCGCCCAUGGCGUGGCCAGCCUGACCAAGUGCCCCGAGGGCUUGGCCUUCAACGAGGAGACCUACCAGUGCGACUGGCCCGAUCUAGUGGCCAGCUGCAACGCUGAGGCCUAUCUCGGCUUCAACUGCCCCGCGUCGGAACUGGUCGAUGGUGUUGCUCCCGAAGUGGAUGUCAGUCCCGAGGGUGAGCUGCGCUACUAUCGCCACCCGCAGACGUGCAAGAAGUAUUUCGUCUGCGUCAAUGGACAUCCGCGCCUCUACAGCUGCGGCAAAUACCUGGCCUUCAAUGCCCAGUCGAAGCUCUGCGACUUCUACAGCAAGGUGCCCGAGUGCUACGCCCUGCUCAAGGAGAAACAGAAGCUGAAGGCCGAACGCAAGGCCUUGCUGUAAACCCUAUAUAUCGGGAGUAAAGAGUUGAAGAGGUAGAGGCUGACCCUCAGAGAGGCUGACUCGCUCCUUUGUAAGUGAACAGACUUGUGCAGCUUUGUUUCAUAGACACCUAUCCUUACCCACUAGCAUAGCGUAUAUUUGUCUAUUGAAUAAAAUAAUAAAUCUACACACUAACGUCUUUUGUAAAAAAGUA